CUGUGCCAUGUACCAAAUCUGUACGGGUGUCAAAUAAACGCCACCUCAGUAUCACUAUGUGAUGCUGCAGGUGCUAAUCGUUCCUUUAUUCAAGAGUGCAGCUAACAGUUAUAUUUUAGGAACAUUUAUAUAUUCUAACAGUGACUGUAUCAUGUGACCGAAACCUCAGCUGUUGUCGUGGCUGCUUGGUCUUUACCGUACACCCCUCUGAGAAAGUGGUUCGUCCCGCGGUCUCCGGCGGAGCGUGUAUUGUGACAAAGUGAGAGAGAAGAGGAUCAACUGAGCUGGUAGAGAAAACACCAUGGUGGGAGUGCCGCUCUGAGCAGGUGAGGGUGUGAUCCCUCAGCAAUUCGAAACUGACGUCCGCACAGAUCACGACUGUCUGGGAGGGGGAAGAAGGAAAAAGAAGAAUGGCUCGAAAUGUUAACUUCGACCUGAACCACCCUCUCAUGGAAGCUGGACUGGAGAGUCCAGUUGAUGAGGAAGGUGUUCAUGACUUGUUCAACCAGCUGAUAGCAGAGCAGAGCCAGAAUGGAGGAAUGUCUGAUGCUUACGAGCUCCAGCAGCUGCAGAGACAACUGGACGACGAGGGUCGAGAUACUGUGUCCCACCUGUCCAGCCCUGGACAUGAUCACGGGGAAAGGAGGCCAAGAGGAAGAGAGGUUGAAUGGGCAGAUGAUGAAAGGAUAGACCCCGGCGAACGCUGGUCCUCCGCCACCUUGAAGAUCCUGUCGUCCAUGCCCAGUCGCACCAUCGGCCGCAGCAGGGGAGCCAUCAUUUCUCAGUAUUACAACAGGACCAUGCAGCUGCGGAGACGCAAGCAGAGCCGACCUUCCAUCCGGGACUUUUCACGCUCUGCCAGGCCGAGCAUACGAGGCUACGGCAUGGAGGACAGCACUGACGCAGAGGGCGCAGGAGUGACUAAAAGGGAACGUUUGGUGAACAACCUGCAGAACCUUUCAGUUAACGACAGAGUGCGGAUGCUCCGAGCGAUGCCGCUCAGUGUGGCUGAGAAGAGUGAACUCAGGAGGUUAGCAUUACAAAAGGAGAGACGCACAUUUUCUGAAAGUCAAAUCCCCUGUUGUAGUCGACUCAAAUAUUACAUCAUAAUAGCUAUGAGACAGGGCUGGUACAGCUGGCUAUCCUUCCUGCACUCCCUCCAGCCAUGGCAUGUGGCGCUCAAGAGAGUGAGCGGGCGCUUUGGCACAGGAGUUCUCUCAUUCUUCCUGUUCCUCAAGACCCUACUCUUCUUCAACCUCUUCCUGUUCCUAUUGAUGGGUGUGUUCAUGGUGCUGCCUCAGGCAGUGCAUCCUCCAGUGCUACUGUCUGGCAGUCGCUCCUUCUCUGGACUGGAGCUCCUCACUGGGGCAGGCUAUUUCUCAGACACAGUGAUGUACUAUGGGUACUACUGUAACUACACCAUGCGUGAACACUGCAGGGAUGAUGGUGGAGGGCAGAAUAUCUCUGUUGUGUCCAAUGGCACCUCGCUGAACUGUGUGAAGCAUCUGUCCUACAACAUGCCUCUUGCAUACUUCUUCACAAUAGUAGUGGCCUUCUUCAUCACAUGUAUCAUCCUUGUGUACAGCAUGUCCAAGUCGUUUGGUCAGAGCUUCAGAAUUGACAAAUCUCACAGUAUCCUGGCUGUGAAGGUUUUCUGCUCCUGGGACUUUAAGGUCAUCAAGAAAACAUCCGUCAAACUCAUGUCGGAGAAUAUCUGCACCCAGCUCAAGGAGCUGUUAGCAGAGGUGAACCAUAAACAUGUCAAGAACACUUUGUGCCAGAAGCUGUGUAGACUGAUGGUUCACUGUCUGGCAUGGGCUAUCUGCAUAGCAAGCACCACUGCCUGUGUGCUCGGCAUUUACUUCUUCUCUGAUUUCAUGCACCAGGACCGCCAGGAAAGAGCUCGUAGUCCAAUCACCAGCAAGAACACGUUGUUGAAUGAGGCCAGCCUGUUGGCUCUGCCCGUGGUGGUGUCGCUCAUCAACCUGCUGCUGCCCGGCUUGUUCAACCUCGCAGCCUGGAUGGAGGACUAUCAAUCACCUUCUGUGUGCACAUAUGUCGCCAUCGGCAGGAACUUGAUGUUAAAAGUGAGUAUUCUUGGCGUCCUCUGUUACCACUGGCUGGGUCGGGUGGCCACUGACUCUCAAAAUGAUCAUAAGUGCUGGGAGAGUUUUGUUGGCCAGGAGCUUUAUCGCUUCCUGCUGAUGGACUUCAUCUUCACUCUGCUGGACACGUUGUUAGGAGAGUUUAUGUGGAGGUUGUUUUCUACGAAGGUGCUGAACAGAAGGAGGAAACCAGUUUUUGAUAUCGCCAGGAAUGUCCUUGAACUCAUCUAUGGACAGACUUUAGCCUGGUUGGGAGUUCUCUUCACUCCUCUCCUGCCUGCAGUGCAGAUUCUCAAACUCCUGCUGCUCUUCUACAUUAAAAAGAGCAGUGUGAUGAUGAACUGUCAGGCUCCCAGGAAACCGUAUAGAGUCAGCCAGAUGACCACCAUCUUCAUCACCCUCCUCUGCUUCCCCUCCUUCCUCGGUGCCUCUGUGUGUGUCACAUACACCAUGUGGAGUAUCAGGCCGUCCUCCUCCUGCGGCCCAUUCCGUGGACUCCAAACAAUGUUCCAGGCGGGGAAACGCUGGGUGGAAGAACUGGAAAAAGAUAAUCCCAAUUUGUCCGUGCUGGCCAGGGCUCACUCUUACUUGGUGGAAAACCCUCUCUUCCUGUUUGUGGGGGCAGGAAUCUUUCUGAUCAUCAUCUACUUCCACAGUCAGGUGGUGGGGGGUCAAAGGAAGAUCAUCAGUUUACUACAGGAGCAGAUAGAGAAUGAGGGAGAGGAUAAAAAGUUCCUCAUCACUCGCCUCCAGUCCAUCCAUGAGCAGAGACGAAUGCCCACUCAAAGACUCUCAAGUCAGGACUCUUCAUGUUGAGACAGCUGCGUCUGGUAAAAUCUUACACCCUUGGGAAUAUAACUGGAAUAUUAUCAGAAAGGAGCCAAAAUCAGAUAUAUUAUAUGUUUGGUGGUUUUUAAAUAUUUUUAAAAAUAUUUUUACUGGCUGCAGUAUUUUAGCGGAGGAACAAACAAAUCGAAAGCAAUAAAGCUGUCUGCUUCGUAAGCAGACCAUUCGUAAGGACAUUAGCUGUGCAUGACUAUCGACAGAUAGUUAGACUACUAAAGAGGAACUGAGAACAGACAGAAUCAGAGGUAGCACAUUAGAGGAAGAAAAAACCUGUGUUUGCAGUUGUUUUUUUGUUUUUUAAGUUUUAAAACUCAAACUAAGCUGCUGUAUAGUUAUGAAAAUCUUUAAACUGAUAUCGUCCGUUUAAAAAGAUUUGAAUCAUCUCUUGUAGAAGCACUUUUAUACUGACUGUGAACAUUUUUUAUCCCUUCGAUUUUUUAUAAAUAACAUUUUGUCAGUGUCCAUGUUGUAGUUGAGCUUGUUGUUGUGGGUGUGAGAAUACAAACUGUAAAUGUUUUUUUAUUUUGUGUAUGGAUUCGUUUUUCUAGGGUGAUAACUGCAACUGUAUAGUCUUAACUUUUCAAAUUAAAUUAUCUUUUAUGAAA